UGCAGGCUUUCUAUCAUAAAGUCUGAACACACACACAUACAUAGCCCUUUUCUGAGGAGGAGAGAAUUUCACCAAAUCAAGGGGAAACUCUCUGAAGAAUAUGGGUUUAAUGGAGUGCAAUGUGGAGGACAAUAAGAAUCUAUACCUUCAUGCUCCUACUUUCAUUGAGUGGCUUAAACCAUGUUCUUCUCCUAAUUAUUCAUAUCUAAACAAUUCCAACACAAUAUCAUCAUCAUCAUCUUCUUCUCCUUCUUCUUCUUUUUCUUUUACUCAUAAUCAGUUUGUUCAGGAAACUAUCCAAUUCUUGCCAAUUUUAAGUGAAAAGAAGGCCUCCAAAGAUGAGGAAGAUCAAACGUUUGAUGAGGUGAAAGAGGAAAAGGUUAAACAAGUGACUGUGGCUUUGCACAUUGGAUUGCCUGACACUAGUAAAGGGCAUGCUGAUGAUGAGGUUGUUGAUGAGAAGAUGAUUUUCCAUGUUAAGGAAGAAGAAGAAGAGUCCUCAAAGAGAAGCUUCCAUGGAUGCUCCUUUAACAACAACCAAGAGAGAAGGUUUUGGAUUCCUACUCCUGCACAGAUCCUUGUUGGACCUAUGCAGUUUGCUUGCUCCAUAUGUAGCAAGACCUUCAAUAGGUAUAACAACAUGCAGAUGCAUAUGUGGGGGCAUGGAUCAGAAUUUAGGAAAGGACCAGACUCACUGAAAGGAUCACAACCAGCUGCAAUGUUAAGGUUACCAUGCUAUUGCUGUGCUCAAGGAUGCAAGAACAACAUCAACCAUCCAAGGGCUAAGCCAUUGAAGGACUUCAGAACCCUCCAAACACAUUACAAAAGAAAGCAUGGCACAAAGCCAUUCAUGUGUAGAAAAUGUGGGAAAACAUUUGCAGUCAAAGGGGAUUGGAGGACUCAUGAGAAGAACUGUGGCAAGUUGUGGUAUUGCACUUGUGGCUCAGACUUCAAGCACAAGAGAUCACUUAAGGAUCAUAUUAGGUCUUUUGGAAAGGGACAUAAACCUCAUCCUCCCUUUGAAGCCUUUGAGGAUGAGAAGGAAUGCAUUACUACUGGCUCUGAUGAAGAUGAAGUUAAUGCUCAUCAUACAUGAUCUAACAACACUCUAUAUAUAGCUUUCCUUUAUUAUGAAGAUAUGGCAUAGCAGUAAGGUUUUAAAUUGCGAUCACAAUUACCUUGAGUAGUGGUAAUUUAAAUUAGUAGAGAUGAGUUUGGUCACUACGCUUGUGCUCGGUAACAAAAAAUUCAAAACAACUUAACUGCUGAGGCAUGAAGACUACUCAGGGAAAGGUUUGCUACCGAGCACUUGCAGGGUGGUGAUGAUCGAGCUUAAUUAUUAUAUCAAUAGAGGUUUGGAGUAGUUUGCUUUUGGUUUAAUUAAUAACAUGUGGCUGCCUCAAGUGAUGAAGUAGAUGAAUUUUCUUCUCAUAUAGCAACAGAGAGUAGUAGUGUUAUGUCAUGUUUAGUUUUUUGUAGCCUCUUCAAUAUGGAGGAAAUUUAUCCGCUUCAUCACUGAAUGGUAAACCUCAUUCUAGCUAUAGGACUUUAUAGCAUGUAAAGUCUUGUUAAAAUCUUUGUGACGCUUUGAUGUGAAUUUGCGGUUAUAAAUGGAUAGCCAAUGUGUUUUAUUAUGAUUAA